CACAGUCGAUAAUCUUACAAUAGUAUUACAUGCCUACCCAACUUCAGCGUUUAGCGUUGAUUACAUAGAAGAUAGGUUACUUUCGGGUAGGAGUGGCGAGUAAAUGGCCGCUAUAGAUGUCGCCCUGGAGGACACUGCGGAAGAUGGAGACCCUCGAGACCAGCUGACACGAAGUCCAAAUGACGCGUCGGAUGUCGCGGCUCUCGCGACGUGUCUCCACGAUGUGCUGGACGGGGACGAUGAACGGGUAGAUGCUGUGCGUCGUCAAUUCGAAGAAGUUCUCGGCGUCUACUCCGUUGGUGAAGCAUGGGAACUGUUCCGAGAGGAUUUCCAGCUCUCCCCGCUUCGCGCCGCCAUGGCACUGAGAGGGAAUGUACCGGGCCUUACCGUCUCGGACGCGAAAUCCCUCUUGUUCAAGAUCAAAACGGCAUCGGAGGGGGCCGUGGAGGAUCAGGGACACAGGGACGCGGAGACUGGCACCGUCGAGGACGCGGCGGAACUGUGGUCCCGAUGAGUGCACCAGCCGGCAUCACCGAAGCAGAGGAUGUGCCACCCCGCGUCAAGUCGCGUGGUGCUACUGGCGAGUUCAAAACAAACUGGUCAGAGCUUGGCGGUAUAGACCCAUAUGCAUGCUGCAUCAGCGGCGGCAUCAGGGGGUGGUUCAUCGGUGCUAAGACUGGCAACAUCGAGAAUAUUAUCAACCACGUCAAAACACGCCAGCACAUGAUGGCGUGCAAGCAAGAGACACAGCGGCUCAGCCAGCAGGGUGGCCUUGUCGCGCGGCCCAUGCCACCACCUGGAGUGCGAGACGUCAGCUGUGCCUGGCCACCUGACAUGCGCAUGCAUCUAUAUGGCAUGUCGGACGAGGCGGCAGAGGAGGAGUAUCAGCGCCUCUACAGCCAGUUUCAGCACAGGCGCACACGUCGGCGAGAGCAGCAGCCCAAUGCCUUAGACACGCGCACCGUUGGUCCCAACAUGGAUCCGGAGGCACAGCGCAUCGUCAGCCCCGACGUGGCGACAUGGAUAUCAGCGAUAGCGAGUCUGGUCAAGGAGUACAGAAGCAAGGGUGCCAAUCCCCUGGUGUGCUUCAGCGGUGAUGCGUACAACCCCAGCCUCAUGUCAACUAUUACGAUGGGGAAGCAGAUGGUGGCUGUGCUCAACGAGAUCGGUGUGGAUGUCUCCUGUCUUGGGAACCACGACUUCGACUAUGGGCUGGAGAAUUUGAUGAAGCUGAACUCCCGGUGCAACUUUCCCUGGCUGAUGGCCAAUGUAAUGGAGGCCGGCACAGACGCGCCGUACGGCGGGGCUGACAAGGUUUGGCUCCGGGACUGGAACGGCAUCAAGGUGGGUAUCGUGGGCCUCGUGGAGGAGGAGUGGCUGGAGACGUUGGGCGCGGUCAACGUUGAGGAAAUGGAGUACAGGGAUUUCUUCAAAGUUGGCCGCCAAUUGGCAUCCGAGCUCAAGGCCCAGGGCGCCGAGCUGCUGAUCGCAGUGACCCACAUGCGCGAGGUCAACGACCGCAGGCUGGCAGCGGAGUUGCCCGAGUUCCACAUCGUCCUGGGCGGCCACGACCACCAUUACGUCUCGGCCUUCAUUGAGCCGCACAACAAUCUGUUAGUGAAGUCAGGUACCGACUUCCGGGACCUCUCAGUUGUGGAGGUGGAGUUCGACGAGGGCUCCAAAGAUCCUAGGCUGUCCGUUGAGAGAAUUCCGAUAGAUUCAUCGAUUCCCGAGGACCCAGCUAUGAAAGCUAUUGUCGAUGAGAACCUCAAGGUCAUGGGCGAGAGAAUGGCGGAGGAAGUCGGUGAGACGCUGGAGCCGCUGGACGGCCGCUUCCAGACGGUUCGCAGUCGGGAGUCCAACCUGGGCAACUUUGUAACGGACGUGUGGCGCAAGGAGGCGAAAGCCGAUAUGGUUAUCACAAACUCGGGCUCACUAAGGUCGGACAUGAUUCAUCCGGAAGGCAAGCUCGCAAUAAAGGACUUCGUUGCCGUACUGCCAUACAUCGCGCCUACGGUCGUGCUGGAGUGCACGGGAGCGCAGGUGGUGGCAGCGCUGGAGAACGGCGUGUCGCAGUGGCCUUCAUUGGAGGGGCGCUUCCCGCAGGUCAGCGGCCUCAAGUUCAAGUUUGAUCCUUCUAAGCCGCCAGGGCAGCGCAUUGUCCCUGGCAGCGUGUUCGCCACGGAGGUCGGGUCGGAGCCGGAGCCCAUCCGCGAUGACCACAACUACCGAGUGGCAGUGGGCAAGUACCUGGCUUCUGGAAGGGACGGAUUCGAUGUCUUCGCGAGCUGCAAAGUGCUGGUGGACGACGAGGCGGGUGUGGUGGUUCCGACAACAAUCAGGAACCACUUUCUGAAGCUGCAGGUCCUUAACAAGAUGAGUCGCUCGCACUUGGCGCUGAAACCGUUGGCGUCCAAAUGGCUGGAGCGCGUGGACACAUCCGAGAAGGCCUCGUUCAAGUCGGCCGUGUCUUUUGGAAAUGGCAGUCCAAAUGAAGAGAGGGAGUCCUGGCUAGGAGCCCGGAAGAAGGACCAUGGACUGGCUGUGAGGCACCCAGAGCGAGGCACAUUUUGCAUUGCACCGGUCGUAGAAGGGCGCAUCAUCAACGUGCUUGAGGAACUGCAAGAGGGUUGCACGCAGUAA